UACAUAUUAUGGAAGAAAUAAUACAUAGUUCACAAAAUAACAGUCGUGAAAAGUAGUAAAAACCUACAAUAAAUAAAACUAAGUAAUCUGUGGUAGAGGGCGACGUCUACGUCAAAAAAGUGCUCUGAAUACUCUGUGGUUUGAUUGCUUACUUGUCAAAAGUUACAAACAUUUUGCACUUUCCAUUAAUUAAAAUUGCAAAAUAAACAAAUAAUGGCUGGUUAUUGAACGAAUUAUGCUAAAUUAAGUAAGCUGCUGCAUUGGUGGAAUUGCUGAAGUGCCAAGAGAGUGCCUGGAUCCCUUUAACUUAUAAAAACCAAUAACCAAAAUGACGAACUUGGAUGUUAGUAACAGCAGCACCGACAGUAGCUCUGGGUCCUCUUCGGAUUCGAGUAGCAGUGGAAGCACUUCCACCAGCUCAGGGUCAGGUUCCAGCAGCUCAGACUCCGAAUCCUCGACUUCCGACACUCCAGCGACCACCAACACUACUCCAGCACCGAAAUCCCCCCAAAAAACUGAGGAAGUAAAAAAGAAAGAAGAACCGAAACCCAGAAGACCAUCAAAAGCUAAAGUUUCUUCAUCCAGCGAUGAUGACACUCCAAAACCGACCAGUCCUAAACCCGCACCGCCUAGGAGGCGUAUAUCAGCAAAACCGAAAUCUGCAGCAGCGGUUCUCGCUAAAGGUAAAACGGCACAAAGAAUUCCAUCUGGAGCAAAAACACCAAAACCGAUACCAAAAACAAUACAGAAGGCUCCACCAAAGCCUGAUACGGGCGCAUUAAAGAAAAAGAGUAUUUUUUCACCUGAUAACAGUUCUGAAUCUGAAUCAGAGAGUAAAUCUUCGACCACUAAGUCUCCGAAAGCAUCGCCCAGACCGAAACGUGGUUCUAGAAAGUCUAGCGAUGAGAAAGACACGUCCCCUGCCACUACACGUAACAACAGUGCUGAUAACGAUGAUUCUAAUUCUAAAUCCGAUUCGAAUGCUAAACGUAAAAGUGUGAACAGGCCAAGUGGGCCUCCUCCAAAGAAAGUCAUUGAGGAUAAGAGUGCUUCAUCUUGUACGUCAAGUCAGUCCUCGGUUGAGUCAGUUUCAUCAGACAGUGAUAGUGAGCCGACUCCAAAAAAAGAACCAUUGAAGACUGGGAAGACGAAACCUCCAUCCAGUGCUACAAAGCAAGAAAUUCGAGAUCAAGCAGCUAAAAGUGGCGACUCUGGUGACUCAGGUGCAGUGGCGACCAUGCCCAGGAAACUAACUAGGUCACUGUCAGCGAGGGUAUCGAGAUUAGCCACUGUGUCAAGACGGACAAACACUGACACAGAUUCUGAUGUGGAUGAGAAGAGCAAUGAUAAGACUAGCAACACAAGCAACAGCACAAGCAAGGACAUGAAGAAGCCCCCUCGAGGCCGCGCCCCCCCCGCCCGCUCGCCCGUCGUGCUGCCCUCGCCGCAGGAGCCUGCCCGCCAGAGGUGUCCCGUCAGGGGCUGUGACUCUAGCGGACAUCUGGGCGGCAAAUCCAACAAGCACAUGACGUGGGACGCGUGCCCUAUCUACCACAACGUGACGGCGGCCUGGUGUGUAGCCGCCGGCGAGGAGCGAGCCGCCGCCGCCGUCGCCAGGAGACGAGCGCUGCAGCAGCUGCACGCGCGGCCCCGCGCCAUGCCCACGCUCGAGCAACGCGCUUACCAGCUCAAAGUGAAGGACAUGCGUUCCAAAUGGAAGGGCAGUCAGGAACUAAGAGAAAAGUUAGCAGCAUCAGGUAACGAGGAGAUAACAGAAGACAGGGAGCCGAUCCUCGAAGGUUUUGCACCGGAUUAUGACCUCAGGCUGUUCAGGGAGGCACAGGCCCUGGCUGCUAUCAAGAUUGAAGAGGAACUCGGAGAUAUACCCACUGAUAAGGGUACUAGAUACGUAGUAAUGGGCAAAUACAUGAUGGAGGUCUGGUACCAGUCUCCGUACCCUGGUGAUGCCGCGCGGGUCCCGCGUCUGUUCGUCUGCGAGUUCUGUCUGAACCAUCACAAGAGUGCCACUGGGGCACAGAGACAUAAGGUCAAGUGUGUUUGGAAUCACCCGCCGGGAGAUGAGGUAUACAGAAAAGACAACCUCAGCGUUUGGCAAGUGGACGGUCGCAAGCACAAGCAAUACUGCCAACAGCUGUGUCUACUAGCGAAGUUCUUCCUAGACCACAAGACCUUGUACUACGAUGUCGAACCGUUCCUGUUUUAUGUGAUGACCAACGCUGAUCACGAGGGAUGUCAUAUUGUCGGGUAUUUUAGUAAGGAAAAGAACUCGUUCCUAAACUACAACGUGUCUUGCAUCCUGACGCUACCGCCCUACCAGAGACAAGGAUAUGGUAGACUGCUCAUAGACUUCAGUUACCUCCUAACCAAGGAAGAAGGCAAGGUGGGAUCCCCCGAGACUCCACUAUCAGACCUGGGGCUGAUCUCCUACCGUUCCUACUGGAAGGAGGCUCUACUGAAGAGGUUGUGUUCAGCCCCGGGACCCACGCUCUGCAUCAGGGAUCUCAGCAAAGACCUGGCUAUUGCUUCGUCGGAUAUUGUGUCCACUCUGCAGGAGAGGGGACUCAUGAAAUAUUGGAAGGGAAAACAUAUUGUGCUCAAGAAACAGGAAGUCCUGGAAGAGGUGUCACGUCGCGCGGCGCGUGCCCGCUGCGUGGACGCGGCGUGCCUGCGCUGGUGGGGCUCGGGCGCCGCCCCGCCGGCGCGCUGACGCCGCGCCCCCGCCGCGCGCCGCCCCAACAGCAGCGCCGCGCGCGCACUGCUAUAGACUGCACACCACACGUGAGUAUCGCGUCACGCGGCGUGCACGCGGCGUGCCUGCGCUGGUGGGGGUCUGCACACUACACUAUGCGGUGCGCGGGCGAAAAUAUAUCUGUGGCGGCGUCGCGACAUACAAGACUUGUGUGUUAUUUAAAGUUGUUCUACAAUAAUAGGACAAUAGUGCGAUUGAAGACGCCUCGUGUGUAAUACGUGUUGUAAGGGACGGUGUGUUGUGGUGUGUUUUAGCGCUCACGAGACUCUAGAUUAAAUAAAUCUAAUUAUUUUUUUAGAUAGGCAAUUUUAGGAUACUUUGUAUCUAUAGUUAGUAAUAAGUUUCUAUAUACAAGUGAUAUGAAUUAGAAGUUAAUGAACUCAUCAAUUAUUUAAUUUUAUGACGAAUGAAUAAUAAUUAUAAUUUUGUUUUAAGUACCAGCGAUAGUUGGUACUAAUUGGCGUUUCAUGUACUUAUUUUAUUAUUCAAAUGAAAUUGAUUAUUUUUAUACCAUUGUCUCGAGAAUGCUGACAUCAAUUUAUUGCUUUUUUUUACAUCCUAUGUAAAAUGUUUGUAGCCUCAAAUUAUAUUUAUAUUCUACCAAUUCUAAAUGUAUGGAAUUUUGAAAAUUAUUACUUAAGAUAGGAAUCGUAUUCUAUUUAUAGAGAAUAACUUAAGCCACCAUCUUGAAAUAAGUGUCAGAUUAGUUUUAUAUAAUUUCUAGAGAUGGCGUUGUUAACAAAAAUGCGAAAUAUUCUAAAAUAGGUUUAAGUUUCAAUGAAAUUAAAUAAUAUCAUUAUAUGCCAUAAAACAUGACAUAAAACUUUUGAAAUUAAUGGACAUUUUAACCCCUUAUAAUAUUUAUAUGACUAACAACAAAAUCAAUUUUAUAUUAGAAUAAAAUACUUAUAUUAUCGUGUAUAUAUUAAAUUAUAAAAUUAAUUUAGAUUUGUAAAUAGACGGUUACAUAAAUGAAAUAUUAUAUAGUUCGUAUUGUAGUUCAUAAAAAUUACAGAAGUAGGUAAUAUUUACAUUAAAUCUAUGGAUUUACGAAAUGACAUGCAGAAAAAGAUAUAAUUUUAUUUAUGUGACUAGCUAAUGACUUUUUUUUUUCUUUAAUAUGAAUUUGAUUACUUAAUGAAUUUAGGUAAUGUUUUUUUUUUAUUUAUGUAAUAACAAUUUUAACACGUACAGCUAAACUAAUAUAAAUGUCAAUCAAUUAAAACAUCUUUCUCAAUAAUAUUAGAAUAAUUUGGGAAAAUUGUACAAUUAAUUACUAGAUAGUAAUUUUAUGAACAUUUUGAUAAUUAUUAUUACAUUAUGUACAUACGAAUAAUAAUGAUGAAUUAUUAUGAAUGCGAUGUAAAUAUUUUAUCUGAAAUCAAAUGCAAUAAAUGUGUGUCUAUUAUUA